UAACCUUUUCCUCCUUCUCUCAUAUUCUCAAUUAGAAAAAGAAUCUUACUAUUUCACCAACAUCAACAAUAAACAUAGCCAAAACCAUAUUCAUAUUUAUUUUUAUAACCAAAGCCAUAUUCCUUAAUAUGUCUUUCAACUUCAACAAGAAAACCCUAAUGAAAAAUCUUUUCUCAUCUAACAAAAGUUUUGGUUGCAUUAAAUCAAAACCCUCUAAUGUCAUUCAACCCACUCAAAAACCAAAAAUCUCCAUUUACCAAAAUAAAAACCCUAAACGGAUCACUUCCUCCACCACCACUUCCUGCGACGGCAACGCCGGCGAUGAAGAUUAUACAUCCACUCCCAUCUCGUACAAUGACGGCAACAUCAACGACAAAAACAAUUAUAGUAUUUUAAAACCUGGAACUAAACUCGUCGAUAGCAUUGCCGUUGAGAAGGAGUCGGACGAGCCGUACGAAGAUUUUCGAAAGUCGAUACUUGAAAUGAUAAUGGAGAGAGAUAUUUACUCUGAAAAAGAUCUACAAGAACUUCUUGAAUGUUUUCUUCAGCUUAAUGCAAAGUGUCACCACCAUGUCAUUGUUGAAGCUUUCAUGGAGAUUUGUGAAAAAAUAUUCCCAAAGAAGAUUUGUUGAAGCUUAAUGCACUGAAGUCACGCAUAUAGAAAGAUACUCCACGAGAAAUUUGAGGUUUAAAUUGAUUUCUUUUUCAUGAACAAAUUGAUCUUAUUAUUUAGUUAUAGUUAUUUCAUAUAGUUAAUU